AUGUCGAAGUCCCUAAACCUUUACAGAUCGCUCUAUCGAGAGCUGUCAAAGCAGUAUGUCGCUGCAAUGACCGUCCACAUCAACGGUGAGAACCAGCGAAACGAAGCCAAGGCGAAGUACGAGGCGAUCCAGAAGAAAACUACACCCAAGGCCAUUGAGAAGCUGCCCACACCCCGAACUUCACAUUACAACAGUACUGCUCUCAGAGAGUACUUCACAAACGGAACCGGAGAGGCCGAACAGAUCCAGCACGCCGAGGACAUGCUGCUGUUUCUGGAGAACCAGCGAGUUUACAAGGACCUGCUGGCCCGAUACAACCCUGGAGUGGAUAUGGCCGAUCAGGAGAGAGUGCGACUUUCUGCCCGAAGAGUCGGACUGGAAGUGCCCGUUGGAAAGAAGGACUUUGAGGAUUAA